UUAUUCGCCGCCAUCGUAGGGCGUGCGUCUGACUCUUCCUCGCCAUGUCUUCUCACAAGACUUUCAGGAUCAAGCGUUUCCUGGCCAAGAAACAAAAGCAGAAUCGGCCCAUUCCCCAAUGGAUUCGGAUGAAAACUGGUAAUAAAAUCAGGUACAACUCCAAGAGGAGACAUUGGAGAAGAACCAAGCUGGGUCUAUAAGGAAUCGCACAUGAGAUGGCACCACAUGUUUUUGCUGUGUCAGGGUUGCUUGGAUCUUAACCGUGGCACUGAAAAGAUCACUACUAUCUGAACAGUUGG